AUGGGAAAAGAUAAACCGCAAAAGUCAACAUCCUCCAAACCAGCAGUUCCCCUCGACAAGGACGCCUUCAGAAACCUCACCAAAAAGCAAGCAUGGCUAUGUCUGAAGCGGCUCUGCGAAGAAGUCAACUGGAAGUGGUUCCGCGACAGCCUCGAAUGGUUUAAGCCCGCUUCCAACAUCCAAGCCGGCAACCACCCUGGCUCGGACUGGGAUCAGUGGAAGAUUUGGGUCCGGAAGGAUUGGAUCAGUGUCUACAAGUUCCAGUGUCGCUUUAUGAAGGACGAACCGUUCCCGAUCAAGACGUUGGUGGCGCAGGAGUACAUCUAUCUGAUGGUCCUGUUGUUCACUGGUUGGAAUGAGGAUUUUAGGUUUGCGAGCCAGAGACAGUGUGAGAUUUUGAAUGCGCUGCAUUCCGGUGGAGACUUCCUGAAGUUUGUGAAGGAGUGGUGUGAGAAGCAGGGUGAGGAGUAUGGAAACUUUGAAAAGUCCGAGAAGCGAGGCCCAGGAGAAUAUCAUGGGUUCGAGUUAAGGGUUAGGCAUAUUGAAUCCUACGCCACCCAGGAGUUUCCAAAAGUCAAACUGCUAGUCCAUGUGAAUAAUUUGAAGAGUUUUGUUGCAUGUCGCAACGGCGCCAGUUGA